UAGUUUUUAAAAUAGAAAAAAGAGAGAGAAAAAUGAAGGUUGAAGUAAUAUCUAGAGAUAUUAUCAAACCUUCUUCUCCAACCCCCGAGUCUUUGCGCAACUAUCAACUCUCUUUCCUUGACCAAGUAUCACCCAGAACCCACAGUCCUUUCAUUUACUACUACUCACUAAGCGACAUUAAUAAUGAGUCCAACGACAACAAUGUCAUCGCUGACAUAUCCUACAAGCUCAAGAAAUCUUUGUCCAAAACUUUAACCCUUUACUACCCACUAGCUGGAAGAUUCACCAAAGACUUUUGCGUUGACUGCCAUGAUGACGGAGCACCCUUCUUUGAAGCUCGAGUACUGAAGAGGCAACUCUCCGACAUUAUUAAGAACCCUGUCCCUCUUGAACUCAAUGAUCUCCUUCCAUUUCCUCUCGACGAAUACGCAGGCUUACCCUUCGGUGUUCAGCUCAACAUCUUUCCUUGUGGUGGAAUCACCAUUGGUGUCUGUAUUGCACAUCAAAUCGCAGACGCUUUAUCUUGCUUAGAGUUUACGAAAUGCUGGAUGGCCAUUGCUCGUGGUGAAGAGAACAAGGUAGUGAGACCUACGUUCGUCUCUGCAUCGCUUUUCCCACCGAAGAAUAUUGGUGAUUAUGAUCCAACUAUGUCUCCUCCAAAGAUGAACACAAACGUAGCAAAGUUGUUUGUGCUUGAUGCUCGAAAGGUUGAGGCUCUUAGGGCUAAAUACGAGGAAAAAGCAAGAGGAGAAAACCAUGCAAAACCAAAGUGGCCGCGGCGGCUUUCUCGUGUUGAGGCCUUAUCUGCUUUCUUAUGGAGCCGCUACGUGGUGGCGACUGACUUAGAUAUUCAAAACAAAUUAUGUACUAUCUUUCACCCAGUGAAUAUUCGGCCCAAGUUUGAUAAGCCAUUGCCGGAAAAUUCUUUUGGGAACUACUAUAUAUAUCAAGCUAACGAGACAUUAUUACUUUCGUCCAUCAUCAGUAGUAACACUACUGAGGAAGAAAAAGAUAACUGUUACGAGCUGGCAUGGGUGAUAGGAGAAGAGAUAAGGAAGAUCGACAAAAAUUUUGUGGAAGAUCUUCAUAGAGUUGAGAAAUCCGAUGAGUACUUUGAGUCUCUCAAGAAGGGUACUGAGAGAUCCGUCAGAGGAGAAGGGGUUGCGCUUUCUUUCAGUAGUUUGUGUAGGUUUCCUCUUUAUGACGCUGACUUUGGAUAUGGAAAGCCCAUUUGGGUGAGUUCUGCUGACAGGUGUUUCAGUAACAUAUUUGUUUUUAUGGACAACAAAACUGGUGAUGAAAUAGAGACUUAUGCUUGCUUCAGUCCGGAAGAAAUGGCCAAAUUUGAAGUUGAUAAAGAGUUCCUCUCUCUUUUGUCCCGUCAGAUUGAGUGA